GAUGUGUUCUUAUAUGACUUCAAGUGUGUAUAUAUAUAGAGGUAGACAAUGCUGGGCUAGCUACCCCUCAUUUAUUUUGUUCUCCAUAAGCUCUCUCUCUCUCUCUCUCUCUAUAUAUAUAUAUAUAAUCGAUCUGUGCAUGAAUUAAUAGGCCGGAGUUGGAGCAGCAAAAGAUCAAUGGCGUCUCUGCAAAUAGUCCAGCUGCAGGUACAUUAUCUAAUAUCCAACACCAUUUACUCAUUAGUAGUAGUACUGACUUUCCUACUACUAGUAAAGGAAACAAGAUCAGCAGCCUCUAUAUCUAUGGUGAAGUCCAAGCAGUGCCAAGAGAAAUGCAGGAACGUGAGCGUGCCAUAUCCAUUUGGCAUAGGGAAAGGAUGUUACCGGGACGAGAGGUUUGAAGUCAGAUGCAAUGAGUCAUCAUCACAUCCCGCGACUCUCCCCUAUUUGGGAGAUGUCGAACUGUUCCAUAUCGGUAGAAAGCAUGUGCGUGUGAAUGCUAUGGUUCUUGUUAAUUGUCACAACAACAAGAAGUGCUCAGCUCGAAAUUGUUACAAUUUUGGUGAAGCUUUGAAUUAUAGUAAGCUGGGGCAGCCAUUCCGUGUCUCGCACCACUACAAUAAGUUGGUAGCCAUCGGAUGUGACAUCUUUGCUUAUAUCACUGAUAUAAACAAUACGGCUUACAUAGCUGGGUGCACAUCCCUUUGCUAUAACACGACCCUGGUUAUUAAUCCUUCUUGGACAAAUAAUAUUGGUCUGUCUUCUUGCUCCGGCAUUGGUUGCUGCCAGACUAACGGUCUUCCAGACGAGUUCUUGUCUUAUGAUUUGCUCAUCCGGAACAUGAAUAGCAGCGAUCAGUUCUUGGCCUCCAAGCCAUGCAGCAUUGCUUUCAUUGCCGAAAAGAACUUUUCAGAUUUCAACAAAUUCAACACCUCUAGUAUUCCGGAUGAAGAUUUCUUGUCUCGUGUCCCAGUCCCACUGUUGCUUGAUUGGGCAAUUGGGGACAACAUCUCUGAUUGCCGUGAAGCUAGCAGAAGAAAAGACUAUUCAUGUGGCCGUAACAGUUACUGUACAAAACGUAACGAUGAUGUCAUUGGAUAUGAAUGUAGCUGCUCUCAAGGUUAUCAAGGAAACCCUUACCUCGAAAAUGGAUGCCAAGAUAUUGAUGAGUGCGAGGAUCCGAGUAUCGAAAUUUGCCCAAAGGGUGCCAUUUGCGUCAAUACAGUAGGUAGCUACUCGUGCAAGUGCAAACCUGGUUACCGCAGCAUUCGCGGAGAUGGAAUUGAAUGCAUACCCAAAAAAAUGUUAGCAGGACAUGUUGCUAUAGGCAUUGGUUCUACAAUUGGUGUACUAGUCUUGAUCGUUAUUGGCUUAUGGUUGUACCGUAAACUUGAGAAAAAACAAAAACAGAAAAUGAAGCGCAAGUUCUUUAGGAGGAACGGAGGUUUGUUAUUGCAACAACAGAUCUCUUCGAGUAACAGAAGUGCGAUGAAAACAAAACUUUUCAUAGUAGAAGAGUUGGAGAAGGCAACGGACAAUUUUAAUGAAAGUCGAUUUCUUGGCAAAGGAGGACUUGGUACAGUUUAUAAAGGGAUGUUAACAGAUGGAAGUAUAGUGGCCGUUAAGAAAUCUAACAUUAUUGAUGAAACUCAAGUUGGUCAAUUCAUUAAUGAAGUCAUUAUCCUCUCUCACAUAAAUCACAGGAACAUUGUGAAAUUGUUAGGUUGUUGUUUAGAGAUUGAAGUUCCAAUGUUAGUGUAUGAAUAUGUCUCAAACGGCACCCUCUCCGACCAUCUUCAUGAUGAGGGUUAUGGUUCUAUGUCUUGGAAUAAUCGCUUGAGAGUUGCAGGGGAAAUUGCAGGAGCACUUGCCUAUUUGCACUCAUAUGCUUCUACAACUAUCUUUCACAGAGAUAUAAAGUCUAGCAACAUACUAUUGGAUGAAAAUUAUAGGGCUGUAGUGUCCGACUUUGGACUUUCAAGGUCAGUACCCCUUAACAAGACUCACUUAACAACAUUGGUGGGGGGUACAUUUGGUUACUUGGAUCCUGAGUAUUUUCGAUCAGGACAACUAACUGAUAAAAGUGAUGUUUAUGCCUUUGGCGUCAUUCUUGCUGAACUACUAACUGGAAGAAAAGCUGUCUCUUCUGAUAGAUCUGAUGAAGGUCUUGUACUUAACUUUCGAUCAUCAAUGAAACAGAAUCGACUGUUUGAAACUCUAGAGACAAUAGUUGUGAAUGACGGUAGGGAAGAUGAGAUUCAAGUCGUUGCUACUCUUGCUAAAAAAUGCAUAAAACUAAAUGCAAGGAAAAGGCCAAAUAUGAAAGAAGUAGCAGCAGAACUGGAUCGCUUGAUAAGGAUACAAGAGCAACCAUUGGUCAAGCACAAUAGCGUGGAUAGCUAUUGCUCGCUAAGUGAAAAUUCUUAUUCUUACAGAGCUGAUGCAGUUGUAGAAGAAGGUUAACAAUAUGUAAUGUUUCCAUUAUCAUAGUGCAAUUCCACUUGAUGUAAUGAAGUUUCUCUCUCUCUCUCCAUAAAUUAGUAAUUUAAAGACGUUUGUUGAAUUUACUUUUCAUUUUUGUUUGUUUGUAUA